AACAACAGCUAGCAAGCGUUUAGUGUCAGCGGCAAAGUUGGCACGGAGCCUGUUUCCAUUCACACUUGCAUUCAGUUAGCUAGCUGUGGUGUCCGUAUGUGAACAGGCUAAAUGUUGUACGAGUUUAGCUGAAUGUCGACGUAGAGGAAGAUGACAUGCAGUGCACUCGUCCCUGCGAGGCAGUUAGCUAACUUAGCUGUUUAGGUUUGUAAACAAGCCAGCAGAUCACGACCUCCUGCCAGACUUAGCGCUGGCCUUCAGGCUACGCAGCAGACUGUUUUAGCAAGCUUAAAAUAUCUACUUUAUUUACUAUAACUGUAAGUCUUUCCUUUGUUUAAUACUGCCUGUCAUGUCAGCUUACACAUACAGCGUACUGAUGAGCCCCAGAUGUUACUACUCUGCAGUUCUUAUCCAGGAUAACCAUUGCCAGGCUUCAUAUUGGGGACAUCACAAAGUGGAAGAGGCAUGUGAGAUGUACUGCAGAGCAGCCAACAUGUUCAAGAUGGCCAAGAACUGGAGCGGUGCUGGAAAUGCAUUUUGCAAGGCCGCACGUCUCCAUUUGCAGCUGCAGAACAAACACGACUGUGCCACCAGUUUCAUUGAUGCUGGAAAUGCUUACAAGAAGUCUGACCCUAAUGAGGCAAUCAAGUGUUUAAAUGCUGCCAUCGAUAUAUACACAGACAUGGGAAGAUUUACCAUCGCAGCCAAACACCACAUCAGUAUUGCAGAGAUCUACGAGUCUGAACUAGUUGAUAUUGAAAAGGCGAUUGCACAUUAUGAACAAGCAGCAGACUACUACAAAGGAGAAGAGUCGAACAGUUCUGCCAACAAGUGUCUGCUGAAAGUGGGAGCUUACUGCGCUCAGUUGGAGCAGUACCAGAAGGCUAUUGAGAUCUACGAGCAGGUUGGAGCCAACACGAUGGACAACCCGCUGCUGAAAUACAGCGCCAAGGAGUAUUUCUUCAAAGCCGCUCUUUGUCAUUUCAUCGUUGACGAGCUCAACGCUAAGAUCGCUGUUGAGAAGUAUGAGGAGAUGUUCCCGGCUUUUUCAGACUCCAGAGAAUGCAAGUUGUUGAAGAAACUCCUUGAGGCUUACGAGGAGCAGAACAGCGAUGCUUUCACAGAGGCAGUAAAGGAGUUUGACUCAAUCUCACGUCUGGACCAGUGGCACACAACCCUCCUGCUGCGCAUCAAAAAGACCAUCCAGGGCGAUGAAGGGGAUCUGAAAUGAAAGACACCUCGGGGUAGAAAUGCAGCACGGAGGGAAAGUUCAUCACGCAUGCUUUCAAACACACAAACCAACACACACCCUUACACUCCCCUCACUGUGUAUAGCGUCCGGAGAGGAGUGUCCACUGAUGAUUUUUCAAUAUUCCACUGCUCACUCGCUGUUCUCUCAGAGCACUGUCUUUGUUCCAGCCUGUCUGAAUCUGGUCAGAAUGUAAAUCCUCUCGCCCUCACCUCUGUCUAGAGGAUUGCUGCAUACCUUUUUCUCUUGAAAUCUGUCCCGGGGGAUUUCAGAGCAGUGUAUACUGUUUUGAAGUUAGUAUUGAUAAGAAAUACUGCAUGUUUUGUACAGUUAUUGUUUACUAGUCAGAUACAGCUUCUUUCUUUUUUUAAAAUCUAGUUUAUUGUAUAUUUAAACAGAUUAUGUAAUGUGUCUCAUGCUUUGUAUGAAUUUCAAGAAUGUACCAUUAUCUUAGCUUGUGUUGUUGAGAUGGAAACAGAAAGAUCUUAAAACAAAAUUCAUUUAUUACGUCUACAAACACUUAUUUAGCUUCCAUUUUAUCACCACAGGGAGGGUAAUGAUAUGCACUAAGUGUAGACUGUUAUACAUUUAUAGGUAAUUUUAUUACUGCUGUUUAUGAUUAUGUUAGGAUUUGUCAACUUAAUGAUACUUUGAAUGUUUGAAGCUGCGAUUUAGAGUUUGUACUGUUGAAUGAAAAGCACUGACACAGCUCUCUUUACUUCUUAUACCCAGGGCUGUAAUCCUGUGCUGAUGAGCAUCAUUAGUCAUAACGUGCUGUAAACGUAUCAUUGAAGGUUUACUACUGCACUGUAAACCUUGCAAAUGGCCAGUCGCUAAGCAUGUCAUUGUGUAUAGUUCAGUGUUGUGUACUUUCACUAGUGUUAGCCAGACCAAAGUUUUUACUAAAGGGUCAGUUGCCCCGUGUACCCAGCUUCUCCCAGGUGGGAUAACAGUGGGCUGUGGAUUUGAUCAGUAUGCUUGUGCAAAUGGAAAUUAAUAAAGGCAUUAUAUCCCA